AUGUCGUACAAAGUGAUAACAAGAUCUCUGAAAACUUUGAGUUAUGUUGGGAGUUACAAGAAAAUCAGAGAUAAACCUCACAGAUUAUUCUAUGCUGCAAUACUGGGUACUGGAUAUGUAGCAUACAGCCAGUAUAAAAAAAGUAAAGUGGAAAUGAAGGAAAUAAUACAAUUACAUAACUACAUGGCUGAGCCCAUUACACCUGUUGAUCAACUGGAAAGGAACCGAGAUGACAUGAAGACACAGAUGGAACUACUCAUCAUGCGGAUACAGGCUGAAUUUUGUAAAGCCCUUGAGAAAGAAGAGGAUGCGGCUUGGGAAGAUGAAAAAACUGCAGAUGAAUAUGAUUUUGAAAAUGAUGUGUUUUUAAUGUCUCCGGAAGCAAAAUUCAAAGUGGACAGAUGGAUGCGUAAGGAAGGGGGCGGCGGGAUCUCGUGCGUGUUACAAGAUGGCCGAGUCUUCGAAAAGGCGGGAGUCAACAUUUCCGUAGUAUCAGGCACCUUACCGCCUGCUGCUGUGCAGCAAAUGAGGAGCAGAGGGAAGAACCUUCAGAAUUCUGAGCUUCCAUUCUUCGCGGCUGGUGUGAGCGCCGUGAUACACCCGCGCAACCCCAUGGUGCCUACCAUACACUUCAACUACCGGUACUUCGAAGUACGGGAUAAAGAUGGAGUGCAGUGGUGGUUCGGCGGCGGCACAGAUCUUACACCAUACUACCUGAAUGAGGAGGACGCGGUGCACUUCCAUCAAACACUGAAACAAGCGUGUGACGACCAUGACAAAACAUACUAUGAAAAGUUUAAGAAAUGGUGCGACGACUAUUUCUACAUUCCCCACCGAGGAGAGCGUCGUGGUAUUGGCGGUAUUUUCUUCGAUGACGUCGACACACCUAGUCAAGACGCUGCCUUCAAAUUUGUGACGUCAUGCGCUGAAGCAGUAAUUCCUAGUUACUUACCUAUUGUGAAGAAACAUAAAGAGGAUGCCUACGGUUACCACGAGCGCCAGUGGCAGCUACUUCGCCGAGGUCGCUACGUCGAGUUUAACCUAAUGUACGACCGAGGCACCAAGUUCGGUCUCCACACUCCUCAGGCACGCUACGAAUCCAUACUCAUGUCUCUACCUUUGAACGCCAAAUGGGAAUACAUGCACGAACCCACUCAAAAUUCCGCCGAAGAGAAGCUGAUGAAAGUACUGAAAGAACCUGUGGAAUGGCUAAAUUUUAAUAAAAGUGAAGGGCGUGAGGCGCGAUCAACAGCAUAA